AUGAAAGGUGUUGUGCUCGCUGUGCCACCUCUCGGCCAAUGCGAGGUGGGUUUUUGUAGUUUAAAUGUUCCACCUCCUCUGCCAGUUUUGCCAGUGCCGAGUGCAAGUCAGCUGAAAUGGCAGCAGAGAGAAAUGGUUAUGUUUAUGCACUUCGGUGUUAAUACAUUCACCAAUAAUGAAUGGGGAACAGGGAAAGAGGAUCCUAAGUUGUUCAAUCCCAAGGGGCUUGAUGCAAAUCAAUGGGCCACAGUGGCCAAGGAGGCUGGAUUUUCUCUCCUUGUUUUGACUGCCAAGCACCAUGAUGGCUUCUGUCUCUGGCCUUCUGCAUAUACAAAUCAUUCGGUGAAAAGCAGCCUGUGGGAAAAUGGAGGAGGAGAUGUUUUGAAGGAUCUAUCAGAGGCAACCAGGGCCCAAGGCCUGGAUUUGGGUGUGUAUUUGUCUCCCUGGGAUCGUUUUGAGCCUUUCUAUGGGAAAGAGGUGCAGUACAAUGAAUUCUAUUUAGGGCAGCUGCAGGAGCUUCUCACCAAGUAUGGCCCCGUAUCAGAAGUAUGGUUUGAUGGAGCCAAAGGAGAUAACACAACGAUGACAUACUUGUUCUCCGAGUGGUUUGCCAUUGUUAAAGAGUUGCAGAUAUAUGCAAACAUAUUCUCAGACGUAGGACCAGGCGUCAGAUGGGUGGGGAACGAAGAUGGGGAAGCAGGAUUAACCUGUUGGUCCACCAUCAAUAGCUCUUCCUAUCACAUUGGCCAAGCAGGCACUGAGGGGUAUUUGAACACUGGAGACCCAUAUGGAACGGAUUGGAUUCCUCCAGAAUGUGAUGUAUCCAUCAGGACAGGGUGGUUUUGGCACUCGGAUCAGAAACCCAAAUCGCUAAGUCAAUUGCUGGAUAUCUACUACACUUCAGUGGGGAGAAACUGCCUUCUUUUGCUCAACAUACCGCCAAACACAACUGGCCUUCUGUCUGGAGAAGACGUAGAAAGAGUAAUGGAAUUCGGUAAGGCCAUAAAAACCAUUUUUUCUGUGGAUUUGGCUGCUUCAGCUUCUGUCACAGCAAGUAGCGUGAGAGGGCCAGCCUUCAGCCCUAGCAAUGUAUUGAGCAACGAUCUUUGGACUUACUGGGCACCCAAGGAUUUGGGGAGCAACGAAAAAUCUCAUUGGAUAGAACUGAAAGUUGAAGAGGCUGUUGAAUUUAACGUUGUGAGGAUUCAGGAGAGCAUAGGACUGGGGCAAAGGGUAAUGGAAUAUGGGGUUUAUGCAUCGGGUGGUGAUGAGAAGAAAAUGAUGCUUGUGAGUAAUGGGACUACAAUUGGGUACAAGAAGCUUCAUAGACUUGAAAAGCCUGUGAAAGCUAUUACGGUUUCACUAUUUAUUUGGAAGUUCAAAGGGGAUGUGCCACUUAUUUCUUCUUUUGGCCUGCAUUUUGAUCCAUUUUACAAUGCAGUUUCGCCAUGA